AUGCCUCACACCAAGGACAGCAUACUCGGCCGUAAGACGAUCAAAUCGUCUGAUGGGAUACCGACGGUUUCUGCGGAGCUAUCAGGCUACCUUCAACACCUACACCAUCCUCACGAUCUAGCUAUCUUGGGGUUCGACAAGGAGACCAAACAGGCGAAAAUAGCUCUCGUCGACAAAGGUUUACACCCUUACGUGCGAGGGUUCAGGGAAAGCUUUGAAGGGACUCAUUCGGUCGAUACGGAAUUCGAUUUUGAGUUUCGAGGUCGCGCUAUUUAUGAAAGGAUGAAAUCUGAAUGUGAAGGAUGUAGGACCCAAAGCUUGUUGGAGAAAGACAAAUUCCCAUUUGAGAUCUUCUCUUUCCGUCCUUCAGCAAAGAUAUCUUGUUCGGACGCAUUGAUGAGUGAUAGUUCGGGACAUGUAUAUAGGGCACCGAGAAGUUUCAAAUUUACCGAGGUACGCAGACCGCUUGCCUCGUACGCUUCAAUGGCGGCUUCUCGGAGGGCUUGGUGCGAUGAUUGUGGGACGUAUCGCCGGAUGGAAGUUUUGCGUGACAAGAGAUUUGACGGGUAUCUCGAAGAGGAAGAAAUAGACAAGGUCAACGAGACGGCCAUGGAAGGGUCAAGCGACAGGGAAGGAAUUUCAUGGUGGGAUACCGCUAGUGAUCUUUGGGAUAGAUCUAGGAGAACAAUCAAUUUCUUAGCUUCGUCAUAUGCAAGUCGACAGCCUGUCUUAUGGUAA